AUGUCUAAGUCUACAAGCAAGUCCAUGUCCAACGCCCCCGUCAGGAAGUCACAUUCCUUCAUGGUCUCAAGUGUCUUUGAAGUGUCCGAAACGUUACCGCCAGCCGAUAACAGAGCUUAUACUUACAGAGGCUCAACUGUGGCCAUAACUUGUAGCGGGUGGGAAGGUGACAACGAACAAGAGUAUGACGGUGACCUCAUCGCGUACAGUAGCGCUACAGAGGCCGUCAUGGAGAACCACUGCUACAGUCUUAAGGCGAAAAUGUUGCCGAACCCCGAGAACGCUGACUAUAAGUUGUACUUUGAAGCGGAUCACAAAAUCUUAGUUGGUACUUCCGAAACAUUCGCUGGCGAACUCCACAACAAUACGGCUGCCUCCGGAUUCGGUGUCGUCACCUCCCGACAAGAAAUACCUGAACCUGAUACUGAAGACGUUACUCUUGCUUUCGUCAUGAGCCACGUAGACUAUAACCCAGAACUUCGAGACUAUGUAGAGUUCGAAGUCGAAUACCGGAUCAGACCAACCAUCAAACUCAAGCGCUCGCAGAAUAUCAUCCAAGAUGGCAAGGAGACCUUGGUUCAUGGCUUCAUAGUCGAUUGGGAUCCGGAAGUCAAUCGGUGGAUCGUCGAGGUUACCGCCAUAAACGUUGCUAGCGGUCACGAGGUGCUUUCCAAGAAGCGCCAAGACGCUGGAAGCAAGGUGACACCGACAGGAAGAGUGCGGCCCGCAAAGCAUGUGACGCAAUCGAGUCCGACCCCUACGGCGGGUCCCAGCAAGCUUCCCUCAGCCAACAAGAAGGGCAAGAAGCGACAGCCUCCCCCUGAAGAAGAAGGGUACUUCGACGAAAAGGGAAACAUCGUGAUGUCGCCACCUCCUGCUCCUGAAGGCCAGCCCAGCAAGGCCAAACGUGCUCCUGCUGGUCGCGCAGCGAAGAAAUCUAAGCUAGGAUAG